AUGACUCAGCUCAGCAGUCUCUCCAGUCUACCAACUGGUCUCUGUAUUUUGGUUGGUGGGAAAGUCCAGAACCAGGGCCAGAAUCAGAACCGCUACAAGCUGAUUUGCCAGAAGUACAAAAACAUCUACAGGUUUGCAACUCUCUACGACACGACCAACAGGAUCCCUGUGUUCUCAGCCUACACCUUCACUGGUCCUCCUACAGACCGCAGACCAAAUCAACGUUGGAUGAUAGAGCCCCAGAUUGAAUACCAACACCAGGCUGGAGACAACGACUAUAAGAACUCAAUACCAAGUAAAGGGGUGAACAGAGGUCACCUCUUCCCAAGUUCACAUGCUCAUGACCUUGAUACUCAGAAGUCCACCUUUACCCUGACCAACAUCGUUCCCCAGGUGGUGUCCUUCAACGGGGGCAGCUGGAAUGAAAUGGAGUGCAAAGUCAAAACGACUCUGAAUCUCUCUGAACACUGUAGGAAUAACAACAACAAGACAGAAGCCUAUGUGGUGACUGGAGCAGUUCCCAUCAUCAACAAACUGAACAACAGAGUGAACAUCCCAGAUCUCCUGUGGACAGCCUACUGCUGUUACAACAACACACUGAACAACAGAGUGAACAUCCCAGAUAUCAUAUGGACAGCCUACUGCUGUGAAACCAGUGAUGGCUGA